AUGGGACGUACAAUAACCCUUUUGCGCAAGGGCAGUCGCAAUCUCCAUUGUAAUCACCCCUCAGCACCCUUCAAGAUUCCUCUUGUUAAUCCUCAAUCAACUUCUAGAUCCCCUCAAACGCCUGGCGGAUACCAGGUAAACGUCAACCGUUCAAAGACGAGGAAAUGGGUCCAAGCGCCCGUCCAAAAUUAUGAUGGUGACGACUGGGGCGCAGACGAAUUCGAGGACGAUGAGCCGCCACCACCACCUGUUCCUCGAGUUACAACUGGCCUCCGAUCAGUCGGCCAACGACUUCCGAACGAACCACAUGGGCCUUCUCCGAGAUUAGCUGCCGCUGUAGCUUCCAGUUCUCGGGGUUCAAGCGGCCCGCCCUCGCUUCAGCUUCAGACCCAACACCCAGACGCAGCAUUCAACACGACUCACCCGGAAGAGGUUCAUACUGUUCCAUCACCAAUUGCAGGACGAAUUGGAUCGCCUGCCCCUCUGUCUUCUGGAGCCGGAUCUUCGAAAGCCCCCAGCUAUCACCAGCAGCCUGAUGUUCGAUCCUCUACCCCGCAGAGUACCACCAGCUCCGCUGCUCGGGCUUCUCCUUCGAUGCGACCCGACCUAUAUCGCCACCUAGAUGACGAGCGUAAGCUGGGCGGUUCGCCGUUAUCUAUCGCGGAUAAUAUUGCGCCCCGACCAGAUGACCGCUCUGCUCCCGUGAGCGAGUCAACACGACAGGGACUCGGUCAAGAAGAUGGCCCUGCGAUUGAUCGAGUUCAGAAGCAGCCAACUUUUGACAGUAUUCUUGCGAAACGCGAAGAGCCUGGCAUGGGACAGAAGGUACCAGACAGUGCACCUGUUCCAGAUAGCGGUGAUGCUUUACAGCAGUCCAAUAAUCACAACGACGAAACGGUCAUUUACUCACCGACAGACAUUGACCGGAAACGAUUAUCUGUUAGCCCACAGCUUCCCGAUGUUGCGCGCAUGUCGGUAUUUGGUGCCGACUUCUUCUCUACUGGAAAUGACAAUUCGAGAAACGCCCCUCCCUCGUCUCAAGACCCAAUCAAGCAAGAACAUCCCUUGUCCUCUCAUCAGUCAACUGACAGUCCUGGAAACCUCCCUACGUUGGAUGAGAAGCCUAGAGAAAGCGAAGACAGCUCUAGUAUGUCUGGAUCCAACGAUGCUUCUUUCAACAAGCCUUCCCUUUUGCCUGUAAAUGACCCACGGUCCGUUCCUCCCCUACGCACGCCAAGCCCGAAUACCAAAGGACUCUUCCCAUCGCCGAGAGAGCCUGACAGUGCGGCUGAAGCAUCUUCCAAGCUCACACCUACGGAGCCGUUGCAUGCUCGGCAACUGGAAUAUUCGCCUUCAGAUUACGAGCCGAAUUCCGCCUUGACACAAGGGACACUGAACACUUUUAACUCAUCACCUAUUAAGGAAAGUGAUGUUUUGAGCGAAGAAAUUAUGAGGUCCUUAAGCCCCAUCGCCCCAACACCAAACUCUGGGCUUUCUCCUCAGCCUCCACUAGAGAAUACUCAAUCACUGUCACCGGGAGGACAAAACAAUAUGCGCAAUAGUAGCUAUACUCUUAGCGAUUACGACAGCUAUUGGGCUGAUUCGAACGAGAAGCCUGGUCAAGAAUCCGGCAAAGAGGUAGAAGCACAGGCACAUGCCCAAGAGAAACCCAAAGCUGAAACUGCACCAAUGUCUGAGCAGCAGCAACAAUCAACUACCGAGCAACCAUUAACCGGCAUUUUACCCUCGAGUGUUGCUCAGUUUGGUAUUGAUUCUACCUCUCAGCCAGAGUCACCCGCAUCUGACUCACGACGACGUUUCUCAUGGGAAGCGGGUUUUGAAUCCCCUCCGAAGAUUCUCCCUGUCGUGCCCCCUACUGGGAGCUUCAACAACGAAGCUCCUGUCUUGGCUUCUCCUUCGCAGCCGGCGUCCUCUGACAUGCAGUCUCCAAAAAACGUUGAUUUGAACGAAACAAAUCAAAACAAAGACUCGUCACGAAAUUUUGAGACACCAACAAUUGUCAUUCCACCGUCCAGUGGGAUCUCUCAUCAGGUUUCGAAGGCUAGCACCCUACCACCAAGCCAGCAGCCUGCUACUCUGGAGCCCCCCUCUCCAGUCUCCGUGGAGAAUGAUAGUACUACACCACAAGCUGCAGAUGAUCGACGUCCAUCUGUCACAGAGAAUAAGAUCUUGAAUCAAAUUCCAUCGAAUCUGUCGUCAGCAACACCGCCUCAGGGAAAUACGACCAGAGCAAUCCCUUCAAGCGAGUUUCCCCAGACUACUCCGUGGCGCGAUAUUAUGAGCUUGGCGACACCUGUGCAAAGGACUCUCAAGUUCGAAGCAGGUCGAGAAACCCAUCAAGCGUGGGAAUCGGGCUUGGAGAACUGGCUCUCCAGUCUUAUGGUUGAGCAUCCCGAAUACGCGAACGGAACGGCUUCUUUUGCAGGAGCCAGUGUGCCUGCACCACAGAAGGGACAUGGACCAGGUCCUAGCGUCUCUCAAACUCAACAGCCAUAUUAUCAGCAGUAUCUCAACGCGAGCACACCCACGACAGUACCAGCGGUGGGCCGGUCACGACUGGGCAGCGGUUCCAUGCCUUCCGGGUCCAGCAGCUUCGGAAAUUCAGGCGGCCAGAUCGGUACGAAAAGCAAGGAACUCAUGCAGUCUGCUGGAAAGAUGGGCAAAGGAUUGUUUAGCAAGGGAAAGAGCAAAUUGCGUGGAACUGGGGACAAGGGCGAACCAACAUCUCCGGUGCAGACAAAGCUCAAGACUGAGAGGCGCGCAUCGUGGGGCUUAGAUCGUCUCACCAGAGCCCGCGCUGAUGAAACCCCCGAGAAAGACGUCGUGAACUCGAGGCCUUCGACGCAAUCGUACCAUGCUCCUCAGUCCUCCCAGUCAUCUAGUAUACUACCUUCAGGCUCUGUGCCUUCGACUAUCGGAUCAGGUAAGCGAGUUGCCUCACAUGAGGGCUACGGGCCCCAGUUCUCGCAAGAACCAUCUGCAUUUGCCAGUAAAGAACAUGACGAACGAUCACAAUGGUAUAUCCCAACCCCUGUUGAUGAGUCAACUUGGGAUCCUUUCAAGGAAACUGGCCUCGCCAAGGACAAUGUUUCCGAACAUUCCGGAGCUUUGCUUGCAAACCAAGAUCAACCUCAGCAGAGUCCUGGCACACAAGUAGCCUCUAGUAAGCUGUUGUCUGGCGAUGCGACUCCUUUGCCCACCAACAAUGGCAUCCGUAUGGUACCCUCAGAAGAGGAGGCUGCUAUGUCCAAUCAGCAGCCGUCCGUUUAUGCUGCCGUCACUCAAGAGACUUCUCCUAGCGUCCAGGCCCAGCCUCAAUCUCCUUCACAGCUUUUUGAUGCUUCAACUACGCCUCAACGUCACUCAUCCUUCGUGGGACUACCACCAAUCAGAAGGGGUUCGACUUUUGAUGUUAAUUCGAGGUCAACCAAGACAGAGCCCAGGACCACCGAAACUAUAGACGAACAUUUUGCUCCAGAGGCCGAGGACUAUGACGAACUUGCUCGCCAACAAGGAACGAUUACGUCCGAAGUUACUGUUGGGUCGACCCUAGUUGGAACUGACUCUAUCUUGCAAGGUAAAGAGUUCGAAAAGGGUGUUGACGAGCCAGAGCAGCAAGAUGUUGCUCAGCAGCAGCCGCAGUCGCAGCCGGAACAACAACAGCCCUUUCAAGGACAGCAGCAGCAUCCGCCGCAAUCGCUACCACAGCAUCCCUUCCAAAUGCAUCCCGUCAACAUGCAUGCAGCUCAACAAGGACCUAUACCCUCACAAAGCUCUACGCACCAGCCUCCAUCGCUGCCAUUACUCCCACCCCACCUUAUGGGAGGCAACCCGGUCCAGAAGCUGCCUCCUUCUGGACCAUGGAAGUUGGAGGAAAGCCACUUGUCUGAGCCUUUACACCGGGUCACCCCUAAGAGCUCGCCGCUUCUUCCAUCAGGCCAAUGGAAGCUGGAAGAAAGUCACCUAGCCGAACCGCUCCAUGUUGUAAAUAGGAACCGAGCUGGCACAAAUGCCUCACAGCGUUCACAAGUCUCACAAAUCUCACAACACUCACAACACUCACAACAAGAUCCAUUCUUCGGUUACAACAAGGAGACGGGCGACGUGCCCACUUCACCUUCUUCGGGCUCUACAGCUCAGCACCAACAUCAUCAGCGGCAGAAGCCCUCCGAAGUGCCACCUUCAUCUGCCAACCGGUAUCCAAGUCUCUUCCCAGGUCAACAACGGCGUCAGAGCAACCCUCUAGACGGCCUUGCCGUUCCUGGAUCUCAAUUUCCAAGGCGCAUGUCUCAAGAAGGAGGUAUUGCAAGAACAGGAACAGGUAACAACGAACCUGCCCAAGAUGAGCGUGGACGGCCAAGGAAGACAUCAGCACUAUUUAAGGAUAUAGGGCAUCGAUUCAGGAAAGGCUCGACAGAACGACGUGGCACACCCGAGCAGUACGGUCAACAAUACCAGUCCCCAAAGCAACAGCCACAACCACAACAUGGAGAAGUCCCAUCGGAUGCAGCCUCGGUGUCCAGCGUUACAACUGAUGGAACACACGACCGAAAGAAGUCCAGGGCGAGCUUUAUGCUGGGUCUCAGGAGUAAGCAGAGCCGAGAGAGACUCUCGAUGCCUCCUCCACCGCGUCCGGAUGACAAUAGGCCCGCCUCGUCAAUGGAAGAUAGGAGGUCGUCUCGACUCAACCCUGGAUUCGAUCCUACUUCCGGUCAGAGGCCUACUGGUCCACCGCGCGCAUUUACCUCUAACCUGGCCAACGAGAUGAGCCAAUCUGCAAGCGCUACUCCUCCAGCGAAGAAGCGAUUUUCGGCUUUCGGGACUAAGGCUGCCAUGGCGGGUGUUUUUAAUCGACCGAGUAGUGGUACUUACUCCAAACCAGGUACUCCUACCUCCUCGAGACCAAUCUCAAGUCAUUUGGGGGCACAGCAACUAGUUUCUGUAGAACAGCCUCAUCCAGGCUUCGAACGAAGUAGUACGGCUGGCCCAACUUUCAGUCAUAUGCUUCCAACUCCAUCAGAUGCACCACCAUCUGAUGAGCGCCGCAAAAGACGAGGCUCGGCUGCUGGACUACUCUCUGGUCUCUUGGGGCAUGGCAACAAGAAUAAAGAGCCUCAACAGAGCGCUUCACUCCAAGCACAACAGCCGCCUGUGCAACAGCCACCUAUGCAGCAGCCGCCUAUGCAACAACCGCAAGCUCGCCACCCUUCUGGGCCGCAGCUUGAUGCCCCUCGGCCUCCCUCGCUACAGGCCCAGGGUCGGAAACCAUCAGGCCCUAUGCUGCCCCAGAUGCCUGGAGCUUACCCAGAGAGUCCUAUGCCAACUCCUCUACCCAGUGGCCCUCAGACAGCCGACCCGAUGCUCGCCAGCCCUCAGCCUGAAAGGCCUCAGGAACCGCCUAUGUUCCGCCAAGCGACCGGGGGUUAUAUGCCCAGGGACCAGUCUCCGAUGUCAACCUCCAGGUCCUUAACUGGCGGCUUGAGAGACAAUCAGCACGCGCCUGCCGCUUACCGGAACUCACGUCCAUCUCCUUUGGGUUUUGGCUCCACGACACCAGCAGGAACUCCUCCUAUAGGGGCGAUGAGUGAUCACAGCCGUCAAGGAACACCGCAGACACCUUUCAGUGUAGGCCAAAGCUUCCCGGAUCAUAGAGCUGCAAGAAUGCGAUCAAUCUCCCCAGCUGGAUCAGCUAUCCGCAGUGCCCCAACGACGCAAACAUCUUUUAACGUCCCAAGCACGGCUCCGACAACCCAGACUUCGUUCCACCACUCCACGCAGUCCCUUGACAAGCUCGCCCAGACUAAACAAGAUGAAGGUUAUGUUCAAGGACAUACCAUCAACUCACCUAGCAUGUCUCUACAGUAUGGUGUUAGACCUGGACAAGGUGCAUCAGAUAAUGGCAUGCCUUUGUCUCCAGUGUCUCAGUCGUCCAACGCAGGUCCCCCGUCGGUGUCUUCUAUGGCUACCCAGAGCCCUCGUCUGAACAGUUCUUUUGUGGCUGGCGGGAGACGACAGUCUUCUCAAUUAUCGCAGCCUGGUACGCCUGUCACAUCAACGGUGCCCACUGCUCCGCCAGUGCAGAACCCUGUGAACAGGACAGUAAUGCCGCCUCAACAACAAUCUUCCUCCAGAAUCCAGCAGCCUACGGGUGCUCAGCCACAAAACGGCCAGCAGCAAGGCUAUCAAAUCGCUCAAGGCCAGCAGUAUCAGCCUAGCGCUCGUGAGCCGUCAAGUGGCUAUCCUAUGCCAGGACAACACCCACAGGCAAUGGUUCCCGGUCGCCCGUCGAUGCAGAUGCAGCAUUCUGACGGAGGUCCUCCAGUACCACCAAAGGACGGCAGGAACGCUUUGCAGCAAUCCCAGGUCGCCGAUCAACCCGUUCGUCAGGGUAGCCCCGGAGCAUCGAAGUGGAAGGGCUUGAGGAACCGCAUGUCUGGACAGAUUGCGCAUAAGUCGGCGCCUAGCCAAGGAAAGGGCGAAAACGACAAGUUGACGGCAAGCAAGAUCCUAGGGGCGUUUAAACGAGGCUCCAGGGAGAAUCGACAGUCAAUGGUCAUUCCUGAUUUACAGGCUUAUCAGCAGCAUCAGAUGCGUCCUGUACAGCAGCAGCCAGCUCAACAGCAGGUCCGGCAGCCUCAGCAGCAUUCUUCUAGCCAAGUUCCGUAUACACAGACACAGUCUCCUCGUCCGGCAUCGCAGAUUAGUGGUCAAGCUUUCGGACAGGUACCGACUCCUCGACCUUCAUCUCAACUCAGCAACCUUUCCCAGGCGCAAAUCCAGGCCAGGCGUGGAUCGGCGAUGUUCGGCAGCCCAAAUCUGCCACAGCAGCAAUUCCGAGGGUCCUCUGGAUCUUUCCCUUCAAGUCAGUCUGGUAUGGCUCAGUCGCAGCCGGGUUAUGCGUAUCAAUCCUCUCCUCAAGGGCAAGGCCAAUUCCCUCCUUCACAUCCACAUUCGCCUCAUGCUCGGUUCCACUCUCCUCCGCAGCAACAAGGACAAUUCACGUCUCCUACGAUGCCGCAAGGUCAAUUUAGGUCUCCUGUUCAACAUCAGGGGCAGUUCCAGUCCCCUGCCCAGCAGCAGCAGCAGUUUCAAUCUCCUCCGCAACCUCAGGGUCAGUGGCAGCAGCAGAGGCAGCCAUCGGGAGGUCAAUUUCCUCCUGCGCAGUCUCGGCAAAGUUCGUACCCUGGGCAAUGGCAAGGAACAGUUGGACAGAGUCCUGAUUCGUCUGCUCAUCAAAGCCCUCGACAUUCUCAGUUCCCACAGCAGGCCAAUAGUCCUCAAUUUGGUCAUGAUGAAGAAUCUCACCCUGUUCAUGUAUCGACGCCCGAUACGGUUCAUUCUCCUACGCCAGUACAUGCCCCAUCGCCACGCCCUUCGUUGCUGAACCUUCUCGUAUCCGGCAAAACAGAAGAUGAACUAGCUCAAGAGAUUCAGCCUGAGUAUACGAAAGCCGCUCCUCGUACUGAUCAAAGCAACACAAACCAUAGCGCAAACGCUACCAAGCAGAGAUUUGCCGGCACCGAUAGUCCCCAAAGCGGCAGAACUAGUGGAAGCUCCAGAGUUGGCGCCGUUCCACCACCAGCACAGCAGCAUGUUUCCCCAAGGAUUGGCACAGACCAGAACGGCGGUUCAAAAACCCAGGCUCCUACUCUCCCCAUGCUUUCAUUUGCUACUGGUACGAUGAUGGGAGAUGAAGCUGUCUCGAACGCUACCAGGCACUUCUUAUCCAAAGCAGAGGAGUCCCAUGGUGUGUCGCUUAGUCCCCCAACUGGACACUCUGGCGAAGUCAGUCCAAGUUCGACGAGACAAUCACCCUCAGGCGUAGGCAGUAUGAGCCCGCCCAACGCUGUGGCUAGUGGAGGCCCGUCGUUCCAUGCCGAACUCGAAGACACAGAGGAUGCCCGAAAGCGCACGCUUCGAAUCAACUCGCAGGAAGAGAAGAUUCACUACGAUCCUAAUGCCGACUCCGAUGGAGAGGUACCUCCUUCAAUGAGCGCGACUAGUUAUCCUGGACAAGAAUGGAAUCCUUACGGAAUGCCUGAACUGGGCGAUUGGAACGAACACGCGGGUCGCUAA